GCGGAGUAGCACAGGGUAGACCGCCAUCUUUGUUAGGGGCAGAAGCCUCCGCUUACGGAGCGCGAGAGAGUCCAUGACGGUCCCGGCGGCUCCAGGGCUAGAGAUGACGGCUCUUGAGACGGGGCGGAGUCCCGGCGGCAGCGGGCGUUGGGCAGUGCGUGGAAGUGGGAAUCGUUAGGUUCGUCCCGGACGCGGCGCCCCAUGGCCCAGGCAUCUCGUUCUGGUGGCCUUCUGCCUCCGCUUCCUACCGUGCCGCCGUUGAGGGCGCAACCCGGAGGCGCCGUGGAGGAGCAGUGGGAGAGAAGGCAGGCGGGGACUCUUGGCGGGGACUUUCGUAGCUGGUCGUGGCUGCCGGUUGCCAGGAGCAUCCCCUGCCUAGACCCGCGGCCCGGUGGAGCCCGGGGAGGGGGGCCGUGGUGGGCGGCGCCGGCGGACGCCAGAGAGCACCACGACGAGGGCGCGGCGGACUGGUGGCGGGAGGCGGCAGGCGGCCGCCCGAUCCCUCCCGCGCUGCAGCGUCUCCGGGCGGUGUUGCUGCGGCUGCAUCGCGAGCGGGAGCAGCUCCUCCAAGCCCGGGACUACGCCCGCCACCUACAGGCGGCCGUGCGCCUCCUGAGGAUCAUGAGUGCCAGCGCGCCGGGCCCCGACCCCGGCCUCUGGCCGCAGCUGUGCCGGGACCUGCUACCGCACCCCUCCCGAGGAGCUGUGCUGCGAAUCGGCCUACGGGAAACUCCCGUACCGUUACUCCUGGCGCGCCCUAUCGGACUGGCCGCCCAGCGCCUGGAUGCUGCCAUCGAGAUGCAGCUUCGGGCUCUGGGUCGGGAGGCGGCCAGCACCGGCUUGUCUUCCCAACUUGCCGACGUGCUGCUGGCGCUUCCCGCCUACCAUCAGCUGCAGGAAAAAGCCUUGAGCCAUGUCCCUGGGGCAGCGCGCCCUUUCCCGCCCGCCCGUGUGCUCCGCCUCCUGACGGGGGAGCGGGGUUGCCAGGUGGCGGGUCAGCUAGGUGAGGCGCUCAAGGGAGCGGGCUUGCGGGAUCAGCUCCGCAGUCGGUGCCAAGAAGAGCGGGAGCUGCUGCCGGGGCUGCUGGGGCUGCUAGGGGGCGUGGCGGAUUCAACCACCAGUGGACUGGGGCUUGAAGGGGCUGGAGCCCUGUGGAGCCGGUACUGGACCCUGCUGUGGGCAGCUUGUGCUCAGAGUCUGGACCUAAGUCUAGGACCCUGGAGGGACCGAAGGGCAGCGGCACAACAGCUGAGUCAGGCACUGGGUCAGGCAUCCCUGCCUCAGGAGUGUGAGAAGGAGUUGGCUUCUUUGUGUCGCAACCUAUUUCAUCAGUCUCUUACCUGGAGCUGGGACCAAGGCUUCUGCCAGGCCUUGGGAUCUGCUGGUGAAGAUCAGAGCAGCCUUGCCUCAUCCUCUCAUACCACUGAACUUUUGCAACAGCUCUUCCCUCCUCUCUUGGAUGCCCUUCGAGAACCCAGGUCAGGGUUGCUCCUCUGUCAGCCUCCAGGUCCCGCACCACUUGCUCUGGGGCUCUGUACCCUGCAGACCACCUUGGUCUGGUUUCUGGGCAAAACUCAGCAGCAUCUGGCAGCGUGGGCCCCAGGUUCCUUCCUGGUCCUGAUCCAGAAGAACUUACCUCCUCUAUUGCAUGAGGCAGCAGCUCUGUCUAGAGUGGCGGCAGAAGAAAGUUUGGGCCUGGAAGUGGAGCAGCAACUGGGCCUGGAGAUCCAGAAGCUAACUUCACAGAUCCAGCUCCUGCCUGAGGAGUCACUAAGUCUCUUUUUUCAAGAAUGUCAUAAACAAGCCACACAGGGCUUCGAAAUCUACAUGCCACAGGGUCGGUACUGGCGGCAUCGUCUCUCUCCGGAACUCCCCAGCAUUCCUAGUGAGUAUGCUGGGUUGGUGGUUCGCACUGUCCUGGAGCCUGUGUUGCAAGGAUUGCAGGGAUUGCCACCUCAAGCGCAGGCCCCUGCCCUUGGCCAGGCACUGACAGCCAUCCUGGGUGCCUGGCUUGACCACAUCCUGGCGCACGGGAUCCGGUUCAGCCUGCAGGGGGCGCUGCAGCUUAGACAAGACUUUGGAGUGGUCCGCCAGUUGUUGGAGGAGGAACAGUGGGGCCUGUCCCCGGAACUUCGCCAGGCUCUGCUCACGCUCAGCAUCUUCCAGAGGCUGGAUGGUGCCCUGCUGUGUCUAUUCCAGCAGCCCCUGCCUAAGUCUGAGGUGCAGAGGAGGCCUCCCUGUUGCUGUACAUGCAAUGAGGUCCAGUCCAUCGAACUGCCUAGCAGCAGCCUGAACAGCCUAGAAAGCUUGGAGCCCCCUCUUCGGCCUGGAGCACCCCCAGCUCAGACAGCUCAGCUGCUAAGCACACUGUGGGGAGGGGGACCUAGCCCAGAGGCUUACCUGGUGGGAAAUCAGCAGGCCUGGCUGGCCCUGAGGCAGCACCAGCGCCCACGUUGGCACUUGUCUUUUCUUUCCUGCCUGGGGAUCAGUCCUGAAUCCUAAGGAGCCUAGCACCAGGAUCCACAAAGUCAGAGCUCCCCAACUCUGGCUUGGAAAGCCCAAAUAUUUAGAACUGCAUAUUAAAAAAGCCUACAUUUGGGAGCUUAGAAGAAAGGCUACCUGAGAACCACAAGCUACACAGAACCUGGACUUAAAGUGAAGCAUCCGUGAUCACUCCAGUGCCUGCAAUCCAGAGUAAAGGGCCAAACCACAGCCUGGAACCUGGAGGUCAGCAUCCGUGGGAGGCUCAGGCCUAGUACCCCAACAGUGAAGACCUCUCAGGACUCGCACUGGGAGAAGGGCCACAGCGUUGGAUCCCAGAGGAAAGGGAAAGGGAAAAAGCAGUACAGAGAGACCAGGAUGCCACUUCCUUUUAAGUCCUAGGAGCCAAGCUAAACACAAAGUUAGUUCAUCAGGAACCACAGAGGUGGAAUAGGCAUUUCUACACUUAGAUCAGUACCAGGAGUUGUAUUACCCUCCACUCCCCGUCUCGUAACUAUUUUCAGUCACUUAAGAAUACUGGGCUAAAGGACCUUCACGUUUAAAUUGCCGUUACUCAGAGUUCAACAAGUUUAAUCUUCAAUUACCUGAGUAGGGUCCCCCCGACCCCCCGUAGCUAUAUAAUCCCUGCCAUGGUAGUGUCCCCACCGAAGGGACCAGCGCUUAAGAUGGUGUUAACCUAGAUCUGGCACAGCAGCGUACGGCGUACGGAAGGGGUAAAGGCUGCAGGAGACGGACGUGUUACCGCAGCCAGGCACAAGGGCUUCUGCACUAUUUAUUGUCUUCACCGUGGUACAAGAGGUC